AUGUCCAUUUUAAAGAAAUACGAAGGAAGAGAGAAAAAUAAAGUCUUCCUCUUUAUUAUUAAAAUUGUUUUAUUUUAUACCUUGCAAUAUGUAUUAAUUGGUUCUAAUUAUGAUAAACAGAACCUAUCAUUUGGAAGUGAAAUUUUUAAUACAAAAGUGUUUGAUUUUACCUCUGUGAGAUCAUUAGCAGAGUUUAACUCGGGGUCAUCGAGAGAAAGUUCUAAGAUAGAUGAAACUGAUUACUAUGCUGUAUUAGGUCUUACUAAGGAUUGUACGCAAGAUGAUAUAAAAAAAGCAUAUAGAAAACUAGCGAUGAAAUGGCAUCCUGAUAAGCACCAAAAUGAAGAAGAUAAAAUUGAAGCAGAAAGGAAAUUUAAGUUGAUUGGUGAAGCUUAUGAAGUUUUAUCAGAUGAAGAGAAAAGAAAAAAUUACGAUUUAUUUGGACAAUCAGAUUUAGGAGGAUAUACAAAUAACGAUGAAACAUAUUAUACAUAUUCAAAUAUAGAUCCAAAUGAAUUGUUUAAUAGAUUUUUUUCUCAUGAGGCAAGUUCUUUCUUUUCACAAGGUUUUGAUGACUUUCCAUCAUUUCAAGGUUUCGCGAAUAUGAAUUCAAGAAGAUCUAGAUCAAAUAGAUCAAAUAUUUUUUCUCGAUCAUUUGGUAGAGGUGCGUCAUUUGAAGUUCCCUUGCUAGUUACACUGGAAGAAUUAUAUACCGGUUGUAGAAAAAAAUUAAAGGUAACAAGGAAAAGGUUUGUGGGUCUUAAUAGUUAUGAAGAUAAUACAUUUAUAACUGUUGAUGUAAAACCUGGAUGGAGUGAUGGAACCAAAAUUAAUUUUCAUGGUGAGGGAGAACAAUCAUCUCCUAAUGAACAACCAGGAGAUUUGGUUUUUAUUAUAAAAACAAAACCACAUGAUAGAUUUAUAAGAGAAGGGAAUAAUUUAAUAUAUAAAUGUUAUUUACCAUUAGAUAAAGCUUUAACUGGUUUUCAAUUUAAUAUAAAAUCUUUGGAUAAUAGAGAUAUAAAUGUAAGAGUAGAUGAUAUAAUUAAUCCAAAUAGUAAAAAAAUAAUAACUAAUGAAGGUAUGCCAUAUUCAAAAAGUCCAUCUGUUAAAGGUGAUCUUUUCAUUGAAUUUGACAUUGUAUUUCCUAAAAAAUUAAGUCCUGAACAAAAAAGAACAUUAAAGGAAACCUUGGCAAAUACUUAUUAG